CUGCCAUUCGCCAAAAUCUCUUCGCCAAUAUGGAAGCGUACUCGGUCGACAAGGUGCUCGCAAAGGCGCUGUACGGCGACGUCGUGCUGGCCACCGAGGUGCGCAGCGACCGGCGCGUGGCGAUCAAGCGCAUGCAGCUGUUGGCAGCCACGCGCCGCCUCUCGCUCGACGGCGGCGUCCCGAUCGCCGAGGACAUCCUCAUGGAGAAGACCGUCAACGACGCGCUCUCGGUCGCGCCGCGCCACAAGAACAUCAUGGCGAUGCUGGACUCGUUUGAAGAAGACGGCUACAUGCACUUUGUCUUCGAGUACUGCGCGCAAGGCGAGCUCUUCACCCACCCGUUGCCGUCGCCGGCGCCAUUAGCCGCCUCGUACUUUCGCCAGAUCGCCGAUGCGAUUGGCUUCAUGCACGCCCGCGGCUUUGCCCAUCGCGACGUCUCGCUCGAGAACGUACUCAUGGACGGGCAUGUGCCCAAGGUCUGCGACUUUGGCUUGGCCACGCACGUCCACACGCCCAUCGCGCAAGCCGUCGGGAAGACCUUUUACAUGGCCCCGGAAAUGUACGCUCGCAAGCCGUACGACCCAUCGGGCGCCGACGUCUGGGCGCUGGGUAUUCUUCUGCUCAUUCUGCUCACGGGCGCGCCACCGUUCGCUCGGGCCAACGAUACCGACAAGGUGUUUGCGUACGUCAAGUCGCAUGGCAUCACGACGGUGCUCCGGGCGUGGAAGCUCGUGCAUUUGGUGCCGGCGCCGGCCCUCGACUUGCUCGAGCGCAUGCUUGUUGCUGACCCGAGUAUGCGCAUCACCAUGGACCAGGUGCUAGCCCACCCAUUUGUGAAGGACCCAAAGGCCUCGACGCGCCCUCGCAAGCGUGUGGUUCUGCGCCGCUGGCUCAGUGUCCUCCGACGACGCAUGGCCGAGUUUCUCAAAAACGUGUUUCCGUCCGUGCACGCCAACACGACGCUCGCGGCGUCGCGCCGCACAGCGCUGUAGCUGCAACCGACCCGAUGUCGACAGUUUGUUCCUGUACCAUACUAAGUUUAAACCUCUUUUUCUAUUCCUACUUGGUUAACUUUUUCC